AUGCCCGCCCCGACGCAGAUGCCGCAGUACCUCUACAAGAUCGUCCCCGAGGCGCCGCCCGCGCCGCUGCCGGCCGAGUACCCCCUCUCGGACCUCGACCGGAACGACGGCUUCAUCCAUCUGAGCACCGCCGAGCAGGUCCUCGGAACGGCAGACCGCUUCUUCUCCGGCUCCGCGAACCUCUGGCUCCUCAAGCUCCCCUACGCCGCCCUGGAGGAGCAGAUCCGGUGGGACGAUCUCCCCUCGGGGGCGGGCUGCUUCCCGCACCUGUACGGGCGCAACUUUGGCGCCGCCGACGUCGAGGACGCCCGCGGCUUCGCCAGGGGCGAGGGCCAGGCCUGGAGCGAGGUCCUCAAGGGGGACGCGUGGCUCUCGUGA